CGCGAAGGCAAGCUCGACCUAUUCCGGUCCCACAUGCCUACGUUGUUCCUGCAUGUGCAUGCUUCUAAAGUUUACGAUGUCAUUGUUGACAUUUAUUUCUCCAAAUUCUAAUUUAUUAAUAUGAAUUUCUGUUGUUGGAAUUUACCGUCGCGUUUAAGCUAAUAUUUAGGCCAAUUCCUAUCUAAAAUAUUGUUGGAAAAUACCUAAGUAUUCGCAAACAUGUCGUUCGAUGGAUCCUAUACCGCAACAUUGAGCCCUACGGCAUCCGAAAAUUUUGGAUCGCAUGUCCUUUCGAACUCGAUAUCCUCAUUAGCAUCUACAACUUCCUCUCGUCCAUCAUCAAGCAACAUCUCCAAGACCUAUCGUCAGGCAUCACAAUUAUUCCUGACGCGUCGAUUACCGGAGGCAUUAUCAACAGUCUUACCAUUGAUCAGCCCAUCAUCCGAAAAUGCAGAUGUAAAUGGACUAAUUGAGCCGGCACCCGUCGUUCGAGCCUCGAGAUCCACUAGGAUAAAGGUGUGGAGCUUAUAUCUGACCAUCCUGAAUGCUAUAUUAGAGCUGGAUCCCGACGAGGGAAAAGAGGCCUUCGGCACCCAAGAAUGGCGUGGCCUGUGCAAGAAGGUUCGGGAUGGCGAUGUCUGGGAAGAGGUUGUACAGUUUGGGUACCAUGGCGUUGAAGGGGAGGUCGAUUCUGAUGUUGUCAUAAAUCUGGCUACACUACUCCUCGCACAUGCCAAAUCACAGGCGGUGAAUCAGAAACGGUUAGAAAACUAUCUGGCCUCAUCAACUACACCGAAUCUCGAUAUAUCUCAGAGACUUGAGGAGACCAAAAUCUCACGAUUCUCGUCGAAGAGAAGGUCGCCCUCUAAAGGCGUUGCUAGCGGUGCCGACACUCCCAGGGAUCUCAAUGCUAGAGUUAAGAUCCUAGAAUUGUAUACCUUGCAUGUUUUGCUACGCAACAAUGAGUGGGAUUAUGCAAGAGAAUUCAUUAGCGUCAGCGCAGUACUCGAUGACGAACGAAGAGAGGCUUUCUUACAGGCUCUUCAAAGUUUACAAGAGGAGCAGCAGGAAUCGGAACGGAAACAACAUGAAGAACAGCAAAAGCAAGAAGAGCAACUACAGAAAGAUCUCGAAGAGGCAAGGAGGCUUAGGGCAGAGAAUGAAGCAAGAGAACGGCGCCGAUUAGAUGAAGAAAGAGCUAAGCGGGAAGGUAGCGAGGUCGACUACGGUAUCGAAAACAGCCAGAGUGCUCCUCGAUCAAAGAACAAACCUCGAACCUCUAGCGGGUCGUCCGGAUUAUCGAGAGCGGCAAAGUCGUCUGCCCCUAAAGGGAAGAAGGCCGUGGCACCCCCAAGUUUCGGUGCGCGAGCUGCAGUGGUCAUUAUGAAUUUUCGUAAGGUUAUCGAGCAAUUGGGGGCUACACUUAAAGCCAACCCAAUGCUGCUCAUGAGAUUGGUCGCUUUUCUCAUUAGUAUUGUUGUUAUGUUUGGUAGAAAGGGUGUCCGUGAGCGGAUUCAGCAGAUUCUUGGAACAGGUUGGAAUAAGGUCAGAUCAACAGCGGGUAUGGGCGUUAAGGUCAGCUACAUCUAACUUACUAGAUGGGCUUAUAAUCGAGGCAUUCUGUACAUCAUCAACUUUCUUGCAGAUAAUAAUCACUCGGAAACAGUCGGGCAGCAGCAUCCUUACGUAGUUUGACGCUACACAAAUCGUAUGAUUUUAUAAUAAAAAUCAAUUCAACUCGCAUAUAAACACAUAAAUUUGCAUAUCUGAGUAGUCUACUCUUAGGAUGAGUGCUACGAUCUCAAAACGCCGGCCAACAAUGCUGGUAUUAAAAUAUGACCCCCUUUUCCGCGUAAACGUGUACCCAGCAAUAACAUCGAGUUGUCACGUAAUUCAAGAGUCCUAAACUUCCACGGCCCAAACCCAGGCCACAUAGAGGCUAGUAUCCCGUCCGAUUCGUUUUCUUCUGGUAGAACAG